UAACCAACUAAGCAAGCAGAGUAUUUGUUUUGACUUCAAACAUUUAAUCUUAAACCUUGAAGAGAGGAGGAAUAUAGUGCCAUUUAAAACCAAAUUUAAAUGAUGGCUAGCGGAAAAAAGGUUGAAUAUAACAACGAACGUACUGAAGAAGAAGAAGCUUUACUCGAUGACGUGUUCAAAACGAAAGGUUUUGAAGGUAUACAAAAAUAUAUCAAAGAAGGAUUAGAUAAAUGGCGUGAAACUGAAUUGCAUAUUGCAGUUACUGGAAAAUCAGGAGCUGGAAAAUCGACUUUUAUCAACGUCAUUCGCGGACUUAAAACGGGAGAGGAUGGUGCCGCUGAUACUGAUGUCGAAGAAUGCACGAAAACUGUUCAGUCUUACACCCAUCCUAAAAACAAAAAAAUAGUAUUUUGGGAUUUACCUGGAGUGGGAACGAAGAAGUUCAAUCGAGAAAAAUAUAGUGAUCAAGUCAAACUAGCAACAUAUGACUUUUUCCUUAUAUUUUCAUCACAGCGAUUUUUUGAUGACGAUGAAUGGCUGGCAAACAAAAUAAAACAGAUGGGAAAAAAGUUUUACUUUGUACGAACCAAAGUGUCCCGUGAAAUUGACGAUGAGGAAAACGGUAGGACAGUCGCACGUGGUAGAGAUGUAAUCUUGGAAAAAAUACGGAAGAACUGUUUAAAGAACCUAGAAGAGAUUGGUAUAUCUGACAGUUUCGUUUACUUGAUCGACAGCUUUAAAACAGAUGACUUUGACUUCAAUAAGCUACAAUCAUGUCUAAUCGAAGAUUUACCACAACUGAAACGAGAGGUCAUAGUUUUUUCAAUUAUUGGUAAAACCGACGAUAUGAUGUCACAGAAAAAGAAAGAACUUGAAAAAAGAAUUCCACGCAUUUCACUGAUAUCUGCAGUGACUAGCGCGAUUCCAGUUCCAGGGAUUAACACGGCUGUGGAUUUUUUUUUAAUGAAGAAUGAAGUCGACUUUUACAGAGACCAGUUUGGUUUGACCAAAGAUGCGAUCAACAGGAGUGCGCAAAUGCUAGGAAUGCGCGAAGAAGAGCUGAGAAAGGAUCUUAAAAUGAGAGGAUUGUUCAUGGAUUACACAGUGAAAGGAUUAAUGGCGCUCUGUCAAACAAUUGCCAUAACGGAAGCAGUGGAAGAAGUUGCAAAAUUCAUGCUCCCUAUUGUAGGAAGCAUUGCAGCUGGAGCGAUAUCAUACAAAUCAACUCAGUACUGGAUGAAAAAAAUUCUUGAAGGCUUGUACCAAGACGCUUUGAAAAUCAACAAAAUGAUGAGUAUGCAUUCAGCGAAAUCAUCGUCGGUUUAAGACUUUGUCUCUUUCUUAUCAUAUAAAGAAAGGGGUCAACAAUAAUUGGUGCGAGAAUAUCUGAAUGAGAGUGUUUGGUCUGGGGAGAUGCAAGACAAGAUUGAUCCAAGAUGUUUUGAUAUUUAAUUAACUUUUUUGAAUCUUUUCAAAAUAAUAUAUAUGUCAUUACAUUCGUUUUAAAGUAACCAUAAACACCAUUAUUUUAAUGGUAAGAAAACGACAUCGCUGAAAAACACAUUGUUGAAUCACAGCGACUGUUCAUCUUUUGUCAAGAGAAAAAGUGCAUAUACAUUUGUAUAAGAAGUUAAAUCUCUACAUUAUAACUGUUUAUAGGGUUAAGUUUGUGCAUCUAGUUUCACCUGACUGAUUUAAAACUUUCCAGCAAAGAAAAACAUUGUCGAUUUUUAUUAAAUUAAGUUAUUUUG